AUGUCUGCCCCCGGUAUGGAGAAUGACUUUCAACUGUUCUCUUCUCAUCAACAGUCUGGGGGAGAUUCUCGUUUCCAGCAGCAACCCGAAAGCCACAACCAAGACUGGACUCAAUGGAUGCGGUGGGACGAACCGAUGUUCACGGAGGGUGACCAGAAGAAUAUCGACUGCCCACUGGACCUCCCAUUCGUAUCCCCACAAACUACCCUGAGCUCCUCGCCCAAUCAGCUCCAACACACAGAAUUCUCUCCUCAACUUCCUCUGGGUUUGAUGGAAAUCCCAUCUGGUCACGAUCAUCAGAGAGGCUCGAUAGUGUCCAACUACCAGAGCCAGAUCGGGUUGGUCUCUCCCAUCUCGAGUGUCGGGGUAAGCCGAAAGCGAAAGACAGGCAGCGACGAUGACGCUACCACCGUUACUGGUCCUGUUCCGGGGAAGAAGAUGCCAGCAAAGAAGCGGGCUCAUAACGUCAUUGAAAAACGGUAUCGAGCCAACCUGAAUGAGAAAAUCGCCGAACUACGCGAUAGUGUGCCAAGUUUACGAACGAAGAAUGUCAACGGUGACUCCAACGAGGAUGAGGAUGAUGCAGAGGGUGCUCAAACUGCGAGCAAGUUAAAUAAGGCUUCCAUUUUGUCAAAGGCAACCGAGUACAUCAAGCACCUGGAAAUCCGGAACAAAAGACUAGAGGACGAAAACACAGCUCUCAAGAACCGCCUACGUCAGGUUGACAAAGCGGCCGACCAAGCUGUUACCUCCUCCGCCUCCGUGUCAUCACCUAGCAACUAUGCUGGCUCCAGCGAUUCCAACGCGGGUAAUUCGCCAAGCGUGUUCUCCCAGCCUGAGGACAUCGAUGGCAGCUCCCCUACCGCUUCUUCGUCCUCUUCACACCCCCCAGAGGGCCUCAUCAAGGUGCCCGAUGCAUUCAAGCGGUUGCGCGAAGAGGGUAAACAGGGAAUAUUUGCAGAGUCAUAUAUGAAGUCCUCCCCUCGGGCCGGCCCUGAUUAUGGCCGCGAACAUGGGUCCCGGCGCCGUUCCAAGCUGCCCAACAAGUAUAUGUUGGGUGCUCUAGCUGGACUAAUGGUGCUUGAGGGCUUUGGUUCAGAUGAGUCUGAGACUGAGGAGAAGGGUCUGCUUGCUCUUCCUUUCAACUUACUCCGUCGGUUGCGCUCUCCCAGUCUUUCUCACUGGGAGUAUUACCUCCAAAGCUUCUGGCACUCCUCGCAUGCACGUGCCAUUUCCCAUUUCCUUCUUCUCGCUGUGCUUGUUGUCGGAAGCGCGUUCAUUGUAUUCGUUUACCUAUUCAACGCUCGGCCAUCCACACGGCGUGCGCCAAAGGUUGUCAGUGAAGGCCAAAAUGGCGCACCCACAUCCAGCGACUUCCGACGACAGGCUUGGCUUACCAGCAUGCAACGAGUCGGCGUACCACGUCAUCGCUUUUUCCGUGAAUGGUAUGUUGUCACGUCGCGCUGCUUUGAAUAUGUUCUUCGGUGCUUGAUGGGCUGGAAAUUCUACUCUUGGGUUACAGGAAUCACCGAAGAGGAUGAAAGGGGCCGGGUGAAGACUUGGGAUAUUGCCAUUGACGCCCAGCUUACUGGAGGUGAUGCCGAAAUCACUAAGAGUCGACUUGUCCUCACAAUAUUUGCGGCGGGCACACUUCCUAGCAGUCCUUUGAGGAUGAUGCUGAAGGCCUUACAUGUGCGCAUUCUCAUGUGGAGAGUAGGACAGCCUGGCUCCUGGUCUUUCCAUGUCUCCAAUGACAUUGCCCGUGCUCUUGCGAAUUACCAGUGGGGUGUCGCAAGAGAAAUCAACAACUCACUCCCAGAGGGCCAUCCCGAUCAGCUUCCAAGCCACCUCGCCAGGCUUCUCAGCCUGGACUGUGAGGAAGUCAUGAUCGAUUCCAUCACUCAACGCGCUGUGAACCUCACUUGGAACCGACCAACGCAGGAAGGUACCGGAGAUGACGAAGUGCUACUUGAUGUUGUUGAGGAAGACCCUGCCAUCCAAUGCUCUGUUGACGCUCUUGCAGCCUGGUGGUCUAGCCAUCUUCUUCAGUCCGCCUUGCUGAAAUACAUGGAAGCCAGUGAAGGGGGGCCCGUCUCGAAAGCGAGCCGUGAUUCUUUUAAAGAGAAGAUACGCAUGGCGCUUGAGGUUGCCCCCCGACUUUCAGCUGCAUACACCCGUGCCCUUGUGAUGAAGGCCGUGUUCUUCGAGCAUGACCGUAUCAAGAAUGUGGGUGCUGUUCUUGCCACUCUUCCCAAGGACAAGCGCAAGGACGAAUGGAGCCAAUCUGCGAACUUCCUCGACUCCUCUCUCCCUAUUUCAGUUCGGGACGAGAUCUCCGUUGCUGUGCGCUGUGCCAUGAUCGCUGCCAUAAUCACUGCACGAUCUACCGGUGACACUUCCCUCCCGGACUCGUUCACCAUUCAAAAGGCAAUCAACAUGUUCAAUCAGUUACCGAUUGACCCUGUCGAGCUAAGCUUGCUAGGAUUCUCCGCGGUUUACCACUUGCUGCAUCUUCUGGCAUCCGACGUGGACUACAUCGUCUCUUCCGACUCAUCUGCGCCUUCUGCACCCGUUUCCGAGGCAGGAUCCUCGGCCGACGACGAAGCAGAUGAGAAGCCCCGGAUGUCUCGCAAACUCGCCGUCUGCCCACGGGACAUUCCAAACGUGGGUCGUGUAGCAGCCCAACUUAUCUACUGGUCCCGCAACGCGUACAACCCCGCCUUCUACGGCUUCUCAUCAAGUCUGGUAGAUGUUAUCGUGAAUUCCUGCACGACUGUCUGCCAGAAUGCCGGUGUGAAAGUCGAAGACUAUCUACCUACACCAUCCGCGCCCAUCCCUUCUCGAAAGCGAAAGUUCCGCCGUCGCCGCGGGGGCUCUGAUCAGCCUUUACAGAGUGAGGCUGAACAAGAUUCGAUCAACACUCGCAUGGGAAAGCCCCUGCGCCGCGAACGGUCGGCUAGCAAUGAUACAGGGUAUGGAAGUCUUAGCCUCGAAGAGGAUCAAUGUAUUCCUAGGGUUCCUGAACAGGUUCAGGAAGUCUCAGCUUGA